AUGAAAAUUGCCUCUCUUGUAUUGGGAUACGCUGCGCUGGCAGCAGCGGCAGCCCAUGGACCAGGUCUUUUUGAGCGUCAGCAAAGCAAUAGCUUCGCUGGCGUGAACUCUUUCUUUCUACACGCUUUUAAAGAGGCAGAUAGACUUGAGGUUCUCGACGCAAUCCAAGCCGCAAACCUCAAAGUCUUGCGACUUUUCAUAUCUGAAACAUUUUCAAAUUUCAAGAACACUGGAUCGAUCUACAUGCCUGACGUUGAGCCUCAGACAGUCGGGGUCUGGGAUGAUACUCAGCUGGAAGCCAUUGACCAGCUCAUGGUAGAAGCCCAUGCUCGAAACAUCAAAUUGACCAUCGCUCUGCACGAUCGAUAUCAACUCGGCUGCUGGGGGAAUGAUGCCUACGUCGACAAGUACCAUCUUCCCGCAGUAGACUGCUCAACAGGAAAAGCCAGUGACAACAACGUCGAGUUCUGGUACUCAGAUAAAAACUGCAUUUCGGACUUUGAGAACCGCAUCCGUCAUAUCCUCGAGCACCGUAAUGCCCGUAUUUCAGGUAGUCCUGCUUGGAAAGACCUCUCUAGUCAUAUCUUCUCCUUCAACAUUCAAAACGAAGGCCAGGGCCAUUUGAAUGGCAAUAUUGCCCCUCAUCCUUCUUGGUGCGACAUCCCCGAAAACUGGGCGUGCGCUGCGCUGGACCUCGUCAAUAUACAUUCAUACAGCGGCGUGGCUGAGUUCCGGAACAAAGGGCCUGCCGCGCUACAGCGAGCCCUUAACGCGAAUAAGCUGAUGCUGUUUGAGGAGUUUGGAGCUUCCGGCAGUGGCAAGGCUAACGAGAUCGCGCAGCACAUUGCCGUCUUCAAUGAUCUCCGUGUCCCAUGGUUGCCUUGGCAGAUUAGCAAACCGGGCAACGGCCAGGCUGACUUUGAAUUCUGGACAAACGAAGAUACAUAUGGUGCUGUGCGAGAUGGGUCUAACGCAGCUGCGGGACUAAAUGCUGCUCAAAGUUGGUCUAUCUAG